AUGAAACGUGGUCGUUACGUGUUGUACGUGUCCACACACAUAAGCAACGAGAGCAACCAAAAUGGACGGGAAACCAGCGGCGUGUGUCGUGACAUUCGCCGCGCUGCAUUAAGAACGACGUGUUUAGGGUUACCUGCAUCACAUCCCCAUCCGCCUGCCCCCUACAGCACUCCCACUGCCUCAUUCCCCCUCUCGCAAGCCCCCUUCCGCAAUCCCCCUUCCGCAUUCUCCCUUCCGCAUCCCCCCUGUCGUAUUCCCCCUGCCGCAUCCCCCAUCACUCGUUUACGGAGCCCCCCCUUCCGCAUUCCCCCUUCCGCAUCCCCCCUGCCGCAUCCCCCCUGCCUCAUUCCUCCUCACUCCACCCCGAUUCCACAAACCCCCUUCCGCAUCCCCCCUGCAUCAUUCCCCCUGCCUCAUUCCCUUUACGCACGCCCCCUUCCGCAAUCCCCCGUCCACACUCCCCCUUCCGCUUCCCCUUUCCGCAUUCCCCCUUCCGCAUCCCCCUUCCGCAUCCCCCUUCCGCAUCCCCCUUCCGCAUUCCCCCUUCCGCAUACCCUUUCGCAAUCCCCCUUCCGCAUCCCCCUUCCGCAUUCCCCCUUCCACAUACCCUUUCGCAAUCCCCCUUCCGCAUCCCCCCUGCAGCUUUCCCCCUGCCUCAUUCCCUCUACGCACGCCCCCUUCCGCAUUCCCCCGUCCACACUCCCUCUUCCGCAUCCCCUUUUCGCAUUCCCCCUUCCGCAUCCCCCUUCCGCAUCCCCCUUCCCCCUUCUUCCCUCACUGUCCCACUAA